UUGAUAAAUCUAUAAAAAGUCUCUUGCACAUCUGCUCUAGCUCUACGUUAUUUAUUAAAGAUGAGUUCGGAUCUCUCGGUCUCCUCCGAUGGGGAUUUUGGGUUUGCUUUCAACAACGUUAAUUUUUCCGACCGUCUUCUUAGGAUCGAGAUCACUAGUGGCAGCGGUGAGGUUAGCUCUUCUAGUAGUGUCGUCGACUUGGUUACGAAUCGCAAACGCAAAAGAGAAGACACCCAUGUUGCUACAACUCACGAGGAGUCUGAUUUGAACAAGAACUCGUGUGAAACGAAUUAUGAGAAUAACAACAACAACAAACAUGAAGAAGCGUUGGUAAUGGCUGACCAAGAACCACAAUCAGGUGGUGAAGAUGAGAAUGAGUAUAAUAAUAAUUGUGGAGUUACUAAUAAUCCUUCGGUUGUAAGCGUUAGAGGAUUACAUGUAAGUUCUGCCAUAUUGGCAGCCAAAAGCCCAUUUUUCUACAAGCUAUUCUCUAAUGGAAUGCUUGAGUCAAAGCAAAAACAGAUGACCUUGAAAAUAGAUGCUUCGGAAGAAACUGCUGUGAUGGAGCUCUUGAAUUUCAUGUAUAGCAAUUCCGUAUCAGUCACGGCACCACAUGCUUUGCUCGAUGUUAUAAUCGUGGCCGACAAGUUUGAGGUUGCUUCGUGCAUGAAGUAUUGCAGCCAGUUGCUUCUCAAAAUGCCUAUGACAUUAGACUCUGCAUUGCGUCUUCUUGAUCUUCCUUCGAGUUUGCUAAUGGCUGAUUCAGUAAAGCCUUUAACAAAUGCUGCAAGGCAGUUCAUCGCCUCUCGCUACAAGAAUCUAUUAAAGCACGCCUCUCUUGGGAUUCCAGUGGAGGAGUUGAUGGCUUUGCCGUUGGUAGGUAUCGAGGCAAUACUAGCGUGUGACGGUCUAGAGGUUUUAUCUGAAGACCUUUUAUACGAAUUUGUCUUGAGAUGGGCGAAAGCGCAUUACUCAGUUCCAGAAGAACGCAAAGAAAUACUAGGAUCUCAUCUCGCUCGCUACAUCCGUUUCCCUCACAUGACAUGUGGCAAACUCAAGCAAAUCUUGACCUCAAACGACUUCACACCUUGUGUCGCAUCAAAGCUAGUCCUUGAAGCCCUCUUGUUCAAAGCAGAAUCGUUGGACAAGCGACGCCUUCUUGCCCAUGCACAACCCGCAUCCUGGUUUGCUGAACGAGCCUACAUAUACAGACCCAUCAAAAUUGUGGAAUUCGAGGUUCCUCGGCACCAAUGCAUCGUUUACUUGGACUUAAAACGCAAAGAAUGUGAAAGCAUCCGUCCAUCAAGCUGGAUAACAUCUCAAACGUUUUCCUUAGGAGGACAAGAAUUCGUUCUCUCAGCUCACCGCAACAUGGACCAACCAGGUGCGUUCUACUGUUUUGGACUGUUUCUUUGGAUGCGAGAAACAGGGUCGGCGAGUCUGAGCGUGGACUUGGAAUUCUCAGUGAGGUCAAAGCCAACUUUGGAAUUUGAGAAAAAAAUCAAAGGAAACUAUAGCUUCACCAGAGGUAAAUCUGCUGGAUUCAGAAACUUGCUUUUAAUACCAUGGGAUGACUUCGUAGCUGAGAAUUCCCCCUACUUCAUCAAUGAUGUUCUUCAUCUCCGAGCUGACCUCUCCAUCCGCCUUUAGAACCAACCAUAUAUAUACAUUAUCUCAAUCUUUUCAAUUAGUGUAUCCCUUUUCUAUUGGUUUAAUGGCAAUAAAAAUCCAUAAGUACAGUUUUAGGCUGCGUGUAUCUGAAGCAACAAUGAUAUCAACAAUUUCACAUGCAUGUUUUGAGCAUCUUUGUCUUAGAAUUUAAGGCCAUUUUGAAGUAUGUCCCCCUCUUAAAAACUAAUGCGGUGGAUCCAAGAUAAUAGUUUCAGAUACUGCUGCGGAUACACAACAA